GCAAAGUGUUUAGCAGCGCAGUCUAUCGAUAGAACAAUGCGUGACGUCACAACACAACCAAACAUACGGCUGUUGUUUACAUUCCUGAAAUGCGCAAAAAUGAAGUGCUCCGUUGUAAAUUGUCAAUAUCGCCGAAAUGUCGAUGGAAAAGUAGUCAGUUUCUUCUCAUUACCAAAGAAUGAGAAGUUAGCCAAAGAGUGGCUGCAGUUUUGUGACAAUCCGAAGCUGAAAAACACGCGAUACGCAUUUGUUUGCAGCAAUCAUUUUAUGUCCGAUGAUAUUAUUGGCCGCAAGGCAUUUGAAAUGGGCUUGAGUAAGAAAAUGCGACUGAAGCCGGGGGCGGUUCCCCGCUUCCAAAUUGGGCUAGAAACGGAGGAAACGAAAAACCGGCAGAGUAUAGUAGAACAACGCAAUAACAAACGCUUGGUGAAUGAUCUUUUGGCUAAUUCAAAUGCCAAUGCCGACAACAAAGCUGAGCUUCAGCAUCAUGAGGAUACAGUAGAAGAAGCAAGCAGCGGCAUGGUUGAUUUCUUGGAUGUGGAAAGCUCAGGAGCAGUAAUCGAUGAACUGAACAACCAAAUCAAAAUUCUUCAACAAAAAAAUCUACGCUUAACGGUCAACUUUCAAUUGGCACAGAAAAAAUACAAAGAUGAUGUUAAACAUCUGCACAAACAAUUGUUUCAAGCUAAAUCGAAAAUAUUACUUCUGGAGCGCCAGAUAGAAGAAGACUCAAAGUAAUAUUCGAAUUCAAAAGUAAACGAAAAAGUGAUAACCUCAUUAAAAAUAGUGUCCUGUUUAUGGUUGCAAAUAUCAUACAAAGACUGCACUCAAGUGCCAAAUACUGCAAAUAUUUAGUUAAAUGUAAGCAUAUUAAUAAGUUAUCUUUUAAGUCUACAAAUCACUUAUGUAAAUAACUAUUUACUUAUAUGCAAUAUAUUUUGUGAAGCAGAAAUUGUUUGCCACUGUUAA